UGAAUAUGAUAAUUCCUCAAAAAAAUGACGAAGAAAAAAGCAAGCCACGACGAGCCAAAUGCGGAAACAAGUUCUUGCUUUUACUUUGUAUGCUUUUUUGCACACCUGCGCUCACAGAUGAACAGCGUCGAAGGGAAAAUACACGAUUUAUUUUCAUUCCAUUCAGUGCCUGGCAGUAUGCAGGUAGUGACAUUCUCUGGGCUGGAUUAAUUACCACAAUAUUUGAUGCCAUAAAACAUGAAUUUGGUGCCCUUCCAAUCUGUGUAUACAGGGCAACUCUUAAAAAAUGUAAAAUAAUGAAGACAGAAUCUGAAAAGGAAUGGAUUGCCGCUAAGUUCGGUUAUAUUCCGUACUGGAUUAUUUUAAUUUUUUUUAUAUUAUUAAUAAUUGGAAUUGUGAUUUUUUUUAUAUUUGGGUUUCCCACCGGAGGACUGAAUGACGAUGUCAUAGCCAUACCUGUAAGCAUUGGCAUUGUGUUACCUGCACUGCCUGCUUUAAAAGUCUUCUUAAAUAUAAUGGCAGUGGUAAAGAAUUUUAUUAUCACCCAGCGAGUUAAAGUCGAAAACAUGAUGAAUAAAACAAGUGUCAGUAGUAGGUUAGGUUUUAUGCAUGAUGUAAAAAAUGAAGUAGAAGUCGUUACCAAUUUUAUUCACUAUAUGGAGAUAUUUGAAAGAACUAAAAUACGUGUAGUACUGCAAAUCACUGACUUAGAUAAAUGUGCCCCAGACAAGAUAGCUGGAGUUCUAGAUGCUCUAACUAUUUUGCUGUCAGACAAAGAUGGCCCAUUUAUUUCUAUCCUGGCUGUUGAUCCGAGUAUCAUAGCUGAUUGUUUAGAAAGGUCAAAGUGCCUAGCAGGAACGGACGAUAAUGGUUAUGUAUUUUUAAACCGAACAGUAACCUUACUGUUUUCAGUGCCACAAAUGGAUGAUGAGACUAAGAUGCAUUUCCUUCAGAAGAUUGCAUGUCCAACAAAUGAUGAAAAAAAGGACAUAAAACGUUCCACUUCAAAAGAUAAAUUAGAUCAGGAUGACAGUAUUAAUGGCAAUGAAGUGCGAAUACCUCUGUUAAACAAUAGAAGAAGUGAUCGGAAUCCUAAAUGUUUGACAAAAACACAGUGGGGCUCUGUCUUUGAUGAUAAGCUACGUAAAUUCAUUAUUGAUAAUGUUACUCAGAUUAAAAGAAUAACAAAUUCCUUCUUUAUAACAUUUAAUCUGAUUAAGGCAAAAAUGGAAGACUUUGGGGUUCUGUUAAUAAAGGAAGAGAGUAACGUUAAACUGUCAGAAGAGAAAAUUACUGAGCUAAAUAAGUUAGCAGCUUGGGUUGUCCUGGCAAAUCAGUGGCCGUGCCGUCUAAGUUGGAUUUUACAGUACACUGAAGAUGAGCAACAGAAGUUGGAGCUUACGGAAGCAACAGAGGAAAAGAAGAAUGAAUAUAAGCAAGAAUCACUGCUGAGUGUUUUUGAGAAAUCUUUGGAUGAGCUACAAGUCAUAAAAUCUGAUAUAGAGAAACUCUUUAAACUAGACUAUGACCCUGAACUCUUCCAGCUAUUUCUGAGUGACAAAUACUUUAAAUUCACAGUAGAAGAUGCUAACAAGUAUUUUAAGUAUACUAUAAAUCUUGAUCGUUCCCUGAAGAGGAACAUGGAGUUGCUUUGCGGUAUUAAUAAUAUUAAAUACUCACGGACAUCUAUGAAGACAGCACCAAUUCCAUUGCGGGAAAUUAUUAAUAUGACAUCAGAAGAUGUGAGCAAUAAGAUGGGUGAACUGGAUGGAUUCAGUGACAAGCACCUGGGAAUAUAUCAGAAAAAGAUAUUAGAGCACAACUUAAAUGGAAAGGCCUUGGUGUAUACUCAUGACAUGGAUAUAAAAGAAGCUCUUGAAAUGACUCUGGGAGACUGGACCACAUUCAGAAUAUAUUUUCCUGCAGUAGAAGCUCUUCCCAGUAUCAAUGAAAAUAGUAGAAAGCAUUAAAAAAAUGUCUGAGGCUCUCAACAUUCAGAAGAUGAAGAGGAGCAGGUAUGCACCUCAUGCAGGCAGCAUUGUUUGGGACCAAAAGAGAAAUCCACACCUCAGUAACACACCUGGAGAUCAGCAGUAACCUACCUGGUGCUUCUUCCUUACAUCGCAUUAAAUUAAAUUCAACAUAAAAGAUUAAUUUGCAAAUUAAAAUGGUUAUUCAAAAGUGAAGUAAUCACCCAAAAGCAGUAAAUACUAUGGAAAUUCUUUCUGAUCUAACUAAAUUCUAAACUCUGCAUACAAUUUGUUAAAAAUUGUGUGGGAUAGAUUAUGCUACAAUUCCUAGUUGGUUUUAAUUUAGUGACAAUUAGACAUGAUAUAAAAAUUAUUUUGCAUGUUGUUAAUUUUCCUAGAAAAGUAGCAUGCCUUUGCUAACUCACAAAUGUAUUAGCAUCUGAUCAAUGAUAAUUCCUAUGUACUCACUGACUGUAUAAUAUAUCAAUGAUAAUUCCUAUGUACUCACUGACUGUAUAAUAUAUCAAUAAUAAUUCCUAUGUACUCACUGACUGUAUAAUAUAUCAAUGAUAAUUCCUAUGUACUCACUGACUGUAUAAUAUAUCACUGCUAAUUCCUAUGUACUCACUGACUGCAUAAUAUAUCACUGCUAAUUCCUAUAUACUGACUGACUGUGUAAUAUAUCAAUGAUACUUCCUAUGUACUCACUGACUGUAUAAUAUAUAUUAUGUCUCAUUCAUUUUCUGCUGAUUGACGUAUGCAUUGAUCUGUCUAUGUUUAAUCUGUCUAUGUUUACUCCAUGUACUUCUUUAAAAAUUCUGUAGAACAUUUUAUUUUUGAACAGUUGCAUACAUAGUGAUCUCAUAUAAGGAUACUGCUUCUCAUUUUUAUUAUCCAUGCCUCUCAAAUUUUAUUAAUAAAUGACUAGUUUUCAUUCUAUAAAGUAAUGUAUUGGGAAAUGGUAGAGGUAGAUCCCAUCUGAAGGCACACCAUGACUCAUGUUAACCAAUAAGCUUACCCCAUGCAGAAAAUAAAUCAAACUGAGACUUCAAAAUAUAUCAAAGAUCCUAGAAGGGUUCAUCUUCUGAAGUUAUUUGACCCAACAAUGUGUGUUAAAUGCUUAUAGUUACUGCUUCUUUCUUGAAAGCUAUAUGUGCAGAUCGAGCA